CUGCUGCCUUAGCAACGGUAACUAAGAGGGGGCGGGGCUGAGAGACGCGUCACCGAGACGACACGCUGUGGUAUCGCGAGAACACGGAAUCGCGACGCCACGCUACCAGAAUGCAUUGCGCGGCUGCUGCUUACAAAGACACGUGAGAUCUGUAGAGGACAGAAUCCAGAGAGGAGACCAGAGACCAGGACCGGGACCAGGACUAGAGACCAGGACCGGGACCAGGACUAGAGCGGAAUGGACCCUGAGUCCAGUCGAGCAGCAGACUCUCUGGAGUCCUCUGAUGUUCAGAAACGGAGAGGAAGAAAGAGACUGAUUCACACUGGAGAGAAACUACACCGCUGUGAUGAAUGUGGGAAAACGUUCAAACGUAAGAAUCACCUGCAAAACCACCAGAGCACUCACAGCGGAGAGAAACCCUACAGGUGUGACCAGUGUGGGAAAGGUUUCGCAAGACCAGGUUCCUUAAAAAUUCACUACGGCAUUCACACAGGAGAGAAACCGUACCGCUGUGACGAGUGUGGAGCAGCGUUCCGUCACAAGGAGCACUUCCAAACUCAUCAGUACGUGCACACUGGAGAGAAACCGUUCAGCUGUGACCAGUGUGAGAAGGUCUUCUGUGCUCAAGUUGAUCUAACGAGACACAGGCGUGUUCAUACCGGAGAGAAACCGUACAGCUGUGACCAGUGUGAGCUGGCGUUCACCAGGCGAAGCACACUUGUCCGUCACCAACGCGUUCACUCUGGAGAGAAACCGUACUGGUGUGACCUCUGUGGGAAGACUUUUGCUCAGGCGUUUUGCUUACAGGUCCACCGACGUCUUCACACCGGAGAGAAACCGUACUGGUGCGACCGGUGUGACAAAACUUUCGUUACAUUAGCUGAAAGUCAGAACCACGAGAUUAUUCACACGGGAGAGAAACCGUACAGCUGUGACCAGUGUGGGAAAACCUUUACUCAGAGAGGAAGCCUGACAGUUCAUCAGAGAGUUCACACCGGAGAGAAACCACACAGCUGUGAUGACUGUGGGAAAACGUUCACCACUCGACAGAACCUACAAACCCACCGGCGCCGCCACACUGGAGAGAAACCCUACAGCUGCGACCAGUGUGGGUCAGCGUUUUCACAGUUAAGUCACCUAAAGAACCAUCAGAUCAGUCACGCUGGAGAGAAACCACACAGCUGUGACGAAUGUGAGAAAACGUUCAAUCUGCUGCAUCAGUUAAACGCACAUCGACGUGUGCACACUGGAGAGAAACCGUACCACUGUGACCUCUGUGAGAAAGCUUACGGUACAUCAGCUGAGCUCAAAGUCCAUCGACGCAGUCACACCGGAGAGAAACCCUACAGCUGUGAUGAAUGUGGAGCAGCGUUCACACAGCUGAGCACCUUAAAGAGCCAUCGACGCAUUCACACUGGAGAGAAACCCUACAGCUGUGACGAAUGUGGGAAAAGUUUCACUACAUCAUGUACACUUAAAAAGCAUAAAUACAUUCACACCGGAGAGAAACCAUACGGCUGUGACCAAUGUGGGAGUGCGUUCAGUCAGUUAAAUAACCUAAAAGUCCAUCAACGCAUUCACACUGGAGAGAAACCCUACUGGUGUGACCAGUGUGGGAAAACGUUCUCUACAUCAAGUUACCUGAAAAUCCAUAAGCGUACGCACACUGGAGAGAAACCAUACAGCUGUGACCAGUGUGGGAAUGCUUUCACCACUCAUGAUAAAUUACAACUCCACCGACGUGUUCACACAGGAGAGAAACCGUACAGGUGUCAGCUGUGUGGAACCUGUUUUUCACGCAGUAGUCACUUUAAAACACACCAACGCAUCCACACUGGGGAGAAACCGUACAGCUGUGAUGACUGUGGGAAAACCUUCCUCACAUCAGGUGAACUCAAAGUCCACCAACGCUAUCACACUGGAGAGAAACCGUACCGGUGUCACUUUUGUGGGAAAACCUUCACUGCAUCAAGUAACCUUACGAUCCAUGAGCGCCAUCACACUGGAGUGAAACCAUACAGCUGUGACCAGUGUGGGAAAGCUUGCACCACAUCAGGGGAACUCAAGAUCCACCAACGCAGUCACACUGGAGAGAGACCGUACUGGUGUGGCCUGUGUGGGAAAACCUUUUCUCAGAGCGGUCAACUUAAAAUCCACCAACGCACUCACACCGGAGAGAAACCGUACAGUUGUGAGCAAUGUGGUAAAAGUUUUUCUAACGGUAGUAACCUCAGAGCCCACCAACGCAUUCACACUGCAGCGUUAUGAACACCUGCUCUUCGUGUCCCGUUGUAUGUUCUAGACAGCAUGUACGUUAUCGUGGCUGCUACGACGUAGAGAUGUCACGAGAACCGGUACUUCGGUACCAAGUCGAUGCCAAAAUUCUAAAAAUGUGACGGUACUCUUUCUCUACAGUACCGAAGGUACCGUACGAUGUCUGCAGGGUCCAAAAUUAACACU